AGAGAACCCGGAAGUAGUGACAAGAGAAACUCCUAGAAAAAGCCAGACGGCGUAGCUCUGAAGAACCCAUCACCAUACAUAAUAAUGUUAGGUGUUGUAACGCUCUUGAGUUUACACGGUAAAAGCAGCGAGCCACAAGACGCUAGUUUUGUCGUGUAGAUAAGUUGUAUUUUCCACGAUAAGUGCUUUUGCUUCAACCACUGUGAGGCUAACGUAACGUUAACUUAGCAAGUUUACCUAGGCAUGCCAUAGCCGUUAGCUGAUAGCCUUGGGAAACAACAGCAACAACUGUGUUGUUAAAUGGUCAUCGUGUAAAAUGAAAUGAAAUAGCCGUCAUUUGCAGCACUUGUCAAUAUAUUCUAUCUACGACAGACAGGCUCUCGUGGAGGUUGUGUAAGGUUAAAUUGCUAGCUAACGUUGGUGACAAUAAUAAUCUAGCUAACAUUAGGUACAAGAUAACUUUGGAUCAGUGUUUUGGACAGAGAGAACGGUAAGGUGGUGUCUUAUAGGGCAAUUCAGUUAAUGUUGUCAUUGUUGAUGGAUUAAUUAUUAAUAUCCCAAAUAUUGUCUUGCUUCUAAUUUGCACCUUUUUGACAGUGACAGAGACGGAGAGCGGAUCAUAAACAUUAUUGCUUCGUCUCACGAGAUCUGCUGCAAUGCCCUUGUUCUUUUUGGAAAGAUUUCCCUGGCCUAGUUUGCAGUCCUAUACUGCACUGAGUGCCCUUCUGCUUGCGGGUUCUGUCCUAAGUGCCUACACUAUUGUGACUGAACCUGGGUUCGUCACAUCGGUCUCGGAAGAAGCCCAAACAGAUCUUAAAGACCAGAAUGGGGAAGAGCAAAAAGAUGACUUCUGGAAUGUUGCCUUCAAUGUCCUGUUGUACCUGGUGUCUGACACCCUUUUUGUCUGGGUGAUGGUGAAUACAGCCUGCUGUAUGCUGAUGCUUAUAGCAAAAACCAUUCAGUAUGUGGUAUUUGGACCAUUGCGAGCUGGUGAGAAACAGCAUUUGAAGGAUAAGUUUUGGAACUUCAUCUUUUACAAGUUCAUCUUUAUCUUCGGUGUGUUGAACGUGCAGUCUGUGGAGGAGGUUGUGUUGUGGUGUCUCUGGUUUGCGGUGCUCAUCUUCCUCCAUCUGAUGGUCCAGCUCUGCAAAGACCGCUUUGAAUAUCUGUCCUUCUCCCCCACCACCCCCAUGAGUAGCCACGUGCGUGUGCUGGCCCUGCUGACCGCCCUGCUGCUGUGCUGCUGCGUGCUGGCUGUGCCCUGUGGCCUCAUGGGACACAUGCAGGACGUACACACCGCUGCCUUCAUGGCUGCUGAGUGUUUGCUAGUUACGGUACGCACAGGACAUGUUAUUAUGAGGUACUCCAUCCACCUGUGGGACCUUAACCGUCAGGGCACCUGGGAGAGUAAGAGCACGUAUGUGUACUACACAGACUUCCUCAUGGAGCUGGGCCUGCUCUGCCUCGACCUGAUGCACCACAUCCACAUGCUGCUGUUUGGCAACAUCUGGCUGUCGAUGGCCAGCCUGGUGAUUUUCAUGCAGCUGCGCUACCUCUUCCAUGAGAUCCAGAGGAGGAUUCGUCGCCACAAGAACUACCUGCGGGUCAUUGAUAACAUGGAGACCAGGUUUGCUGUGGCCACCCUAGAAGAGUUAGUGGCUAAUAAUGAUGACUGUGCCAUCUGCUGGGACUCCAUGACCUCAGCACGCAAGCUUCCCUGUGGCCAUCUCUUCCAUAAUUCCUGUUUGCGCUCCUGGUUGGAGCAGGACACUUCCUGUCCGACGUGCCGCUUGCCUCUGAACAUCAGUGAGGGCGGUGGUGCCAGUGAGGAGAGGGGCCGGGAGCGGCUGAACAAUAACCUGCCCCCCAGACCAGGAGCUGAGGCCCGCCCACACAUCAACCAGCACAACCACUUCUUCCACUUCGAUGGCUCUCGCAUUGCCAGCUGGUUGCCCAGCUUCUCAGUGGAGGUCAUGCACACCACCAACGUCUUGGGCAUUGUCCAGGCCAAUAACUCCCAGCUCAACACCAUGGCCCAUCAGAUCCAGGAGAUGUUCCCUCAGGUGCCCUACCAUCUGGUUCUGCAAGACCUGAAUUUGACUCGCUCUGUGGAAGUCACCACUGACAACAUCUUAGAGGGCCGUAUCCAGGUGCCCUUCCCUGCCCAGGCAGCUGAGCGGGCCCCCCCACCAGUGAACCCAGCAGGAGCCUCGGAGGUGACGCACUCGGCGGCUGUGGAGACGGAGGACUUUGAGGUGAGGGGGAGCCGCUUCUCCAAGUCUGCAGCAGAGAGACAGAAGAUGCUCCUGCAGAGGAAAGAGGAGCUGCUCCAGCGAGCUCGCAGGAGUUUUCUGAGUAAAAGCCCUGAGGAGGGCCCCUCCAGCUCGCUGUACGUGGCCACUGCUGAUGACGAUGACGAGGGACUGGCCGCAGGGGACGAACGCGCUCUGGCCUCAGACUCCAUGAGUGUGCGGCGCAGGAUGCUGGCGGCCGCCGCGGAACGCCGCAUGCAGAGGCAGCCAGAGGCUCCCCAGUGAGGCUCUGCCUCUCCCGUGCAGCGCAGCCUCCACCCAACACACACUGCCCAGGAGGUGCCCAUGGACACCUCCAUCACAUCCGUCACCAGCCCAGGAUGCCACGCACGUCUCUCCCCCUCCACUGACCCAUCACUGGAUCCAUUGGUAGAGAGGGGGAGGGAGAGAGAAGGAAGGAGG